GGCGGUCCUGUAAACAACGAUUUCCCUGUGGUAUAUACCGAGGAUGCGGCCACAAAAUUGAGCGAUCUUGUGCAGAGAAGGUGCUUCAAUUGCCGUACUACUGGCACAUGUACCUGGAGGAGAAGUAAACUCAGUCCGGGAAAAUUGCUAUGUAAUAAAUGUGGCCUCUUUGAGCGCACACAUUCUAGGCCUCGCCCUGCACAGCUCCCGAAUAAACUUGGUCCA